GAUGGAAAAAAACAUAAAAGCGGAAUCUUUCUUUCACUGAGAUCUUUAACUGACGGUUAUUUCGUCAACAAUAGAGUGUAUGUGCAGAGAUUUAAAAACAGCAACCAGUUGUGUUUUUCAAGGAAAAACACAGAUUGUUUUUGCUUCAUGUUUUAUUCAAACAAAAGGCGUCAGCACAAAUACAAAGAACAAUAGUUUGCGAGCAAUCGAGAGAAUUCGAGACAAAUAAAUGAACAAAGGAAAUACUGAUCGAACGGAUGAUACAAAUGUAUCUGACUCACAUGUAAGGGUUGCAAUACGAGAGAGCAAGAACAACUGGAAGGCGAAGGGAAUGGUACAAGUUUGCUCUGCGCGUUAAACUAAAAGCACCUCGAUUGGUCGUUCAGUUCAGUCCAACCAGAGCACAAGUAUUAAGUUCAGAAUUAUGAGUGACACCAAAGAGGAGCCCGAAAAUCAAGAAGAGGAAGAGACCAGCACUUCUUCUACUCUUCAUCACAGAGUUCCGAAAUGUGCUCGCUGUCGCACGCAUGGCACAGUUUCUUGGCUCAAGGGUCACAAACAUUAUUGCCGUUGGAGGGACUGCACUUGUGCAAAGUGCCAACUUAUUACCGAGAGACAGCGAGUGACCGCCGCACGUGUUGCCUUACUGAGACAGCAGAGAAAAGGAGCUGAGUUGAGGGCAAAAUAUCAAAGAGAACUGGAAAACGCCCGGUUGACGUACUCCAUGGUGUUUCAAACCAACGGAUUAGCUGGAUUCCCAAGCAGCCAUCGACACCAUUUUUAUCACCAUGCACCUCAAGCAGAGAUUGGUCAUCUGGAACCAAGGAUAACGGAAAUUAGACCACAAGCUGGUACAGAACCUCUGAAGCGGUGCGGCUCAGUCUCGGAGGAUGAAGAAGAAGAGAGAACCAGCCCCAAAAGAAUUGCCCUCUCCCCAGACCUCGAAGUUAAACCAGAACCUCGCGAGCAUACUGAAAAAGGUGUCCACACCAGUUCCGCCGAGGAAAGAAAAACUCCUGAUCAUUCUGUCGACCAAAAUAUAAAUCCAAACCAUAAAUACCUACUGGAAAACUUUCAUGAAAGGCCUCAUGAUUUCAGAUAUCCAAGGAUUUCAAAAGAGCUAAGUAUGCUGUCUCUAAGGCAUCCACCAAUGGAAUUACUUGGCAAGCUGUUUCCUCACCAUAACAAGGGCACACUGGAGCUCAUUCUUCAGAGUUGCCAUGGCAGCGUAGUAGAAAGCAUUGAGCUAUUGUUGUCCUCUCAAGAAUCAAGAAGCAAUAAUAUGUCAGCGUUGGCUGGAUGCGGCCUUCCUACAGCUAAUCACGCUCCUCCCUUCCUGCAUGGUCCAAUGACUCGAAACGUCAUAACGAGACCGUUGCCCAGCACGCAUGCAUGUUCGCCUUCAAGAAUUUACCCACCAUCACCACUUCCGCCGCCGUUGCUCGUGAAACCUAAACCGGAAAUGGCAAUCAAGUUUUCUUCUAUGCCGCAUAACCCUUACGGUGGCGAUUCUAGGCUAGGAGAGCGGGCCUGUGGGCUUCCUUUAAGCCGUUUUUGUAGCAGGUGUGGUCACAAGAUAAACAUGUUUGACAAGUUUUGUGCCCACUGUGGAAAGGUUCUAAAUGAAGCAACUGGUCUUUAAAUCAAAAGCCACCCUGCCAGACCAUGCAUGUAGAAUUGAUGAUAUCAUGGAGACAGAACUUAAAUAAGAUUUUAAAUAAUAGAGUAACUGACCAAGUAUGUGUUGAAGUAGAGGACGAAUUUCAAUAACGAUUUCGUAUAAUUUCUAAAAAAGCCUAAUAUAGACAGAAAAGAAUGUAAUUAAGUACUGCCGCGUGACUUCUAGCCUAUUAGUGAAACGUUAUAAAGAACAACAACAGUGAGGAGGCUAUCUAAUAUAAUGAGUUAUCAAAAGUUAACGAUAGUUUAACCCAAUUGAAACUGGCAUUUCAAAACCUCUUAUUUUGUUGUGCAUUUUAGUAUACAUAUCCACGACUCCUAUUUUUGAACAAUUCUUUAUAGUAAAUUCCUAUGUUUUCCGUUAUUAUUUAAAACAACCUACCAGUAUUUUUAACUCAGAGCCUCUUUUCCCAAAUUUGAUUGGACGGAAAGGAAAGACGAGAGUUACGGCCUUGAUACUUCUUAAUUUCACAACAUUCUAGGGGAGGAGAAAGGCGGGUUUAACUGAAAACUUACUGAUCUAUAUAUAAUUUACAUUUAUCUUGGAUCAUAUUUUUAAGGGACGCAACACUGUUUAAGUGGAAAGGCUAUCACUGGGUGGUGGGUAACUUAGGUCUGGCGUUUACAUGAUUAGUAGGGUUUGAUAAGAUGGAAGUUGUUAUAGAAUGAAUUAUUAAGGUAACGAAAAUUUCCUAGUAUUUGUUUCCGAGUUUACCGUAAUGUAAGGAAUUUUGUACCAUGAGAUCCUCGCCUAGAAAUAAUUAAGGAAGCUGGGGAGACAGAAAGAAGUUAGAAAGGUAUUUGCGAUAAUUUAAAGUACACUGUCAAUUUCAGCGAUUUUGUUGUUUUUGUUCUUCUCCCUAACAUGAUUUCUUUUUCAGUAUUCAUUAUCCUAAUCUAGCCGGAAGUGGACUAACAUUAUCAGUUUCAGCUCCUAAGAUGUGAAGGAGGAAAGUGCGUUUUGUGGAAGUUUUCGAAUUCAGCAAACUUCCUGAGGAGAAUUCAUAUUUAAAAAAGAUCACCACAGAUAUUUAGAAUGGAAAGAAAAAUUUAUAGAAAUAACAUGAUAGACUGCAUAACAAUAACAAAGAAAAUGAUGAGAGUAUUAGUCACAAGAUAGAAUUUUAUGGCAUCAGAUUAAUAAAAUGAAAUUGUAAAAAAAACGAGUGGAUACUUUUGAUUAGGUGCUUGAAAUUAACCUUGAAAAGAGUUUAUUACUUUUUUCAAAAUGCCAGGAGAAUAUUUUUCACAACUAAAUAAGGCGCGGCGGUAAAUAUUCUGUAUUAUUUAUAUGGCAAUGUAGUCCUGAGAAAAAUCCGAGCGUUCUGAUUGGUUCUUAAUUGGUCGGUAUUUUGCCCUACAGACUGUUUCCUCGGAAGGCCAUGCAUUCUUGUUUGUGAAAACCGGCGAAUUGAAAAUAAACAAGUAUGGUCCCAGUGCCAUAUCAUAAAUAACUUA